AUGAAGGCUGUUUUGAACAUAUUGGCAUUGUUCGCCCCGCUGGCGCUUGCCCACGAGAUGCCACCCCGCAGCAUGUCGACCACCGAAUUCCACCAAGCAUUCAUGGAGAGUGGCAUCGUGCCAGAGGUCAUGGGCUCCUUUGAUCCUAUGGUUUCUUUCUAUACUGGCUACAUGGCCAGCGACGGCGACAAGGUACUCAUGAUGCCGGGUGCUAAACUAAAAAUGAAGGAGGUCAAGAUGCCGUUCGAGUUUAGCGUCGAAAACGUUAUCAACGCCCGAAAUUUGACCCGAAAUUCGAGAUUCAUUAUCCACAUGAUUGGGCCGGAUUCUCCUUCACGAGAAAAUCCGACAGAGCGAAACAUGAGACACUACCUGGCUGGAAACUUCACCGUUGAGCAGACAAAGUCAGCUGUUCUUUCGUCUGCUAUGAUCAUGACAAAUUCAUCACCCGCUUUCAACGAGUACAUGCCCCCCGAGCCCAAGUCAGGAAGUGGCAUGCAUCGAUACGUAUAUCUUUUAUACGUGCAACCUGAAAGGUUGAACAAGAUGGGAUUUGACAUGGUUGGAAUUAACCAGAUGAACCGUAAAAACUUCAACUUAUCCUCUUUUCGAAAGAUGGCAGGCCUCGACCGACCCAUCGGUGGCACGUACUUCAUACUGAGUAUGGCCCAGAGUGGAAGCGGCAGUGGUAGUAGUGGUGGAAAUAACAGUAACACCGGUGGCAACGGCCAUAGUGCUGCGUCUAUCAUAACCGCCGGCUCUUGUGUUGUCUUCAUAACUCUAUUUACCUCAAUGUUCAUCUGGAUGUGA